UGUGUGGGUGUAGGUGGGUGUGUUGUGUGUGGGUGUAGGUCUGUGUGUUGUGUGUGGGAGUAGGUGGGUGUGUUGUGUGUGGGUGUAGGUGGGUGUGUUGUCUGGUUGUGCGUUGUGGACGGGGGUGUGUGGACGGGAGUGGGCGGAGGAGAAGCUUCGACCGGUCAGCAUCAAAAAGCCACUGAAGCCAGCCGCCAGCCUCUAAGGUUUUCGGGGUAGGGAGGGACGAGAGGAGUCGUGGCAGCAGGCAGAGACGGGCUUGAGAGAGAGAGAGAUUGGGUGGGUGAGCUCCUUCUCUGGAUGCAUACAGCGCAAAGCCCCAGCAGAGCUGCCUCUUCCACCGCUCUCAUCCAGCAGCAGCAGCAGCGGCCACGCCGCGGUCACGCCGCGGUCACCACUGCACUCUGGCCAUGCCAGGAGGCACUGUGCGUGGAGGGCGGACACUGGCUGGCCCCAGGCACGGUAUGGAGACCUCCUGGGGUGCGACGGGCACAGGGUCUUACAGGGGUGGCAUGCAGCAGCAGCAGCAGCACCACGGCUACGCACACACGCACACCAAUGCCACGCAGUCGUACACACAAACUUCCAAUCAAAUGGCUCCAAGCCCCAGUACACACAGCAGUGCUAACAGCACCAGUGGUGAGCAGCUGAGCAAGACAAACCUGUACAUACGGGGGCUUCCACCCGGCACAACCGACCAGGAUCUUGUCAAGCUCUGCCAGCCAUAUGGAAAAAUUGUAUCCACUAAGGCCAUCCUGGAUAAAACAACCAACCAGUGCAAAGGCUAUGGAUUUGUGGAUUUUGACGGCCCAUCUGCGGCACAGAAGGCUGUGGCAGCCCUCAAGGCCAGUGGGAUCCAGGCGCAGAUGGCCAAGGUGAGUGAUGCGCAACAGGAACAGGAUCCAACAAACCUGUACAUCUCCAACCUGCCAGUGACCAUCGAUGAACAGGAGCUGGAAGGGAUGCUCAAGCAGUUUGGCCACGUCAUCUCCACUCGUAUCCUGCGUGACAUCGUGGGUACCAGCCGGGGAGUUGGCUUUGCCAGAAUGGAGUCUACUGAAAAGUGUGAGGCUGUCAUUCAGCGGUUUAAUGGAAAGUUUCUCACCUCCCCUCCUGGGGUACCAGUGCCCAGUGAACCUCUGCUGUGCAAGUUUGCAGACGGGGGUCAAAAAAAGAGGCUAAGCCAUAACAAAUACCUGCAGAAUGGACGGGCAUGGCAGCGCGAAGCUGAGGGCCGCAUCACUGGGAUGACCUUAACGUAUGAUCCUGCAGCUGCUUUACAUAAUGGGUUUUAUUCUACACCGUACAGCAUGGCAGCUAACCGCAUGGUGUCCCACACUCAGAUGGCACCGUACCUGGCUGCUAGCCCCAUCUCAACAUAUCAGGUUCACAGCACGUCCUGGAUGCCCCAGCAGCAGUAUGUAAUGCCACCAGCGGGCGCUGUGAUAUCUCCUUCCUUGGAUCACACCAUGUCCUUGCAGCAGGCAGGAAUGAUGGGACCCCUCGCCCAGCAGAUGAGUCACCUGUCACUGGGCAGCACACCCACCUACAUGACAACCGGACACCAGGGCACUUACAUCCCCCAGUACACCCCUAUCAAUGCCUCAUCAGUCGAUGACUCUAGCGGGCAGCAACAAGGAGUCUCUAUGGAGGCCACAGAGCAUACCCAGUACUCAUACCAACAAGCAAAGUGAUGCAAGAUGAAGCCUGACUUGAAAACUGGCUGAUGAAGAGAUCAAAGUUGCCUUCAACCUGAAGUGCUUUUGGCAUGGAUGCAAUUUUAUUAUUAUUGUUCACUACGGAAAGGUUAAAUUUUAAUAUCCACAAAAUGUCAAUUCAAAUAACUUUUCCACAUCCCUACUUUCACACCAUCUGUACUUGUAACAUGUUUAUUUUACCAAAAGUCAUUUAAAGAAAAAAACUUGAAAUUAUCAAAAGAUAUAUUUUAUAAAAUCUUUGUUUUGUGGGUUCUGAUGGUGCUUAUAUUAUCGUGAUAACUGAUUUUUUUAAAAUCAGUGUUACAUUGACUCUGCCAGGAUUUCCUAAACAUCCUGGAACAUUUACAGCACAGUCUUUGGCUUUGCUACAUCCAUUUAUAGCAUAAUCAGAACUUUUCUGGGUCAUUUUGUUUGUGGGAACCGGUGGGGCUUUAAGGCAAUGGUGUUUGUGAUUUGUAUUUAUUUAUUUUGUCAUUGGUGUUGUAAAUCUUUCAAAGAAUGUUCAAAGAAAAUGAUCAGCAGUUGUUUUCGCCUUAUUUUAUAGUUUUGGCUUUUGUGUGUCCUUUGAAAUAUUGAUUGCAAUUAAAAUUUCUGUCAUUGAGACUGUAGGACAUGCGAAUUGCUGGUGAUUGGUGUAUAUUCUUGCCGUGCUGUAGGUAAUGUUUUCGAUGUAAUAGUAUGUUACGUCAUUGCGGUCUUCGUUCUUAGAAGAUGUUUUCCUUCAUUGUUUUUGUUACAAAAGGAAAUUUAUGGAUUUUUCUGAUUUAACGUUUGAUACUUGUUUUAAAUGGGAAAACUAAUUCUGAAAUCUUGUAGGAUAGAUUUUAUGAAAAAAAGAUACUGCUAUUUAAAUAAAACGACAAAAACAACAAAAAAGCAAAACAAAAAAACCUAAAAAUACCUUUGUGAAGCGGGAUUUGGAGUGGACAUCUGUAUGUUUAGAUACGAGUGCUGAUAAUCUAAGUGAGAAUGUUUUUGAGAAGUUAUUUUGAACCAAUCCGAGACUAAUUUUAAUAGAAAUAAGGUUUAUCUUUGUGUUGAAUACUUCCUGAACCUUCACAGCAAGAAGACGGUCAACAAACUUUAGUUGAUUUCAAAAUAAAGAUGUUUUUAACAAUGCAUUAAAAAAACGUUACAGUAAUGGUAAUAAUAUAUAUUAGUUUUGAACGUGUAAGGGCUGUGUGCUGGCAUGGAAUCAGACUGUCACUUGUUUCUGGAAAACAACAAUGAGGACACGAUUAUUAGGAUUGUUCAGCGAGAAGAGGAGAAAAUAGCACUUGUGUGAGUUGCAGUUGUGGAACAUGCUUUGGUCAGGUUGGGUCAUUAACCAAAGACUUGGAUGUUCUCGUAGCUAAGUAAAAUCUUUGGUUUUGUUUUGGCAUGAAUGUGCAGGGCAAGUGUGCGCUUUUGUCUUUCUAGGUGCAUUUAAAUGAAGGCUUAAAACAAAUAAAAAAAACUGGUGUGUGCACCAUAGUUAUUGAAAGUUAAAGGGCAGUCUCUCCCAGGUUUGUUCCCUUGGAAUAUGCAAAGGCUUCCAUCAUGCUUGAAGCUGGAAGGGUUACUGGGAAUUAAGUCUUCCAGUGGGGAUACCUCCUGCUUUGUACCAGGAGAUGCAGAUGAUGAUAUCUACCUCAGAUUGUUUCUUCAAUGUCGGCAGCUUGCGUGGUCACAAUGGGCACGUGGUUGUAAGCGCUGCAUUCAUGAGUUUGAAGUUGUGUAUGUGGGCACGUCUUUAAAGCAAGCCUGAUGUUGUUGCACAGAAAAGAGUAUAUCCCAAGGAGCAAUGAUGGUAAUACAACUUGUGGAGAGUCUGCAAGGUGUGCUUUUACUGGAAAGUGCUUCUCAUGUGGCUGCCUAUCCAGAUAGCAUUGCCCUGUUCUUUAAAGAAUGGGCAAAUUGUCCUGCUCAUUGUGUUCGAUUGUAAAUGUCAAAUUACCUUUUUAAAGCUCUACAAUUUAUGCUGCUAUAUUUUCAAUGGCCAGUUAGUCACAGAUCGAUUGGUUAAGCUGGCCGAUUCGAAUAAACGCAACACCAUAGCCACAUUCACCGCGUUUGCAAUGUGGAAUAGAUGAAUUGAUAUUGGAUAUAUGCAGUUUAAAAUACAUUGACUAAAGUAAUUAUUAGAAAUAUUUUAACAUACCCAUUGAUGCUGCUUUAAAUUAUGCGACUUUGUUGUUUACGAACAAUACACCAUUUCCACCAUGUCUUGUUUUAUGUACAUAGAGCAGCUUCCACUGUCGUAUGUAGACAGAUGUUAAAUUAUCAAAAGUAUAAUUUUUAAGAAAGGCCUUUUGUACAGAAUGAGAUACGUGUAUAUGAUCACAAGAGUGAAUGAUUUGUUUUUUUAAUUUGUGUUUGUGCUGCCUGGACUUGCCAGUGGGAAUUGUAUCAGUGCCCCUUUUGGAUGAUUUUUUGAAUUUUCACGCUGAUGGUAAAUGACUUUGCUGUAGAAUUGUGGGGGUUAAUGCUGUUUGGAGCUCAGAGUGAAAUACUCUGUGCCAACAAAAAAAAACGAAUAAAAAUAAUAUUUCA